AUGGUAACAGUCGAUGUACGCGGAGUGCAAGUUAUGUUUCCAUUUGCUCCAUAUGAUUGUCAGACGGCUUAUAUGGAGAAGGUGAUCGAAGCGAUCGAUAUGAAGUUUGACACUGCUUUGGAGUCCCCUACGGGUACAGGAAAAACAUUGUCGCUGCUUUGUUCAACAUUAGGAUGGCUCAAGAAACAAAAGAGUAUGAUUCAAGGGACAUUCGAAGACGCAAGUCAAAUUGCCUCAGGUUAUGCUCCUCUGCCUUCUACAUUGUUCCCUCGUAUUUAUUACUGUUCCCGAACUCACAGUCAGCUAUCACAGGUCGUCCGUGAAUUGAAUCGGACCAUGUAUAAAGAUACUCGAACGUCCGUACUUGGCUCACGUGAUCAGCUCUGCAUUCAUGAAAAAGUUAACAAGGUGGCAGACAGUCGCAUAAAGACAUCGAUGUGUCGUAACAUGGUCUCACGACGAACUUGUCACUACUACAACAACUGGGAUAAAAGUUCUCGCGAUACGCUCGAUAGUUUGUUCACGGAAAGUGGGAACGUUCCUGAUAUUGAAGAUAUGGUCACUAUUGGGCAAAAUCACAGAAUAUGUCCGUUCUAUCGAUGCCGUCAAAUGCAGGAAACGGCAGAGUUGAUAUUAUCUCCUUACAACUACAUAAUCGAUCCUCAGCUGAGAAAAAAUUUCAAGAUCGAUCUCGGUGGAAGUAUAGUUAUUUUCGAUGAAGCUCAUAAUCUAGAGAGCAUUUGUGAAGACGUUGUAUCGAUGGAGAUUUCUUCUGUCAAUAUUGCGCUUGCCAUCUCCGAGCUAAAGGAUGCUAUCGAGUGCUUACAGCUCGAAACAGAACAGACCAGGAAUGAACUGGACAACUCUUCUCAAGCCUUCGGCAGCGGGACAGCGGACUCUGAGAAGCAGAAGGGCCCCUGCUUUCAAGUGGGCGAUGCGGCAAUAUUACUAUCAAUGCUCUUCGAACUUGAGGUAAAAGUUGGGGCAACGUAUAAUGAUCAAUCCGGGCUCAGUCUCGAGGGAUUUCCUGGGAAGGUUUUUCCCGGUCAUCGCCUUCUGGAAACGUUCGAAGGUGCCGGCUUCUCUUACGACAAAGUAGACGCCAUAUCUAAGUUAAUUCUAGAUGUAACUGACUAUCUUCAACGCGAAACUGAUGUGAAACCAGCAUCACCCGAAAGAGGAAAGAAUUUAGAACUGUUGAGAAGUUUCAUUUCGGUGGUCUAUUUGAGUUUGUCCAGGGAAGCUGCUCUUGCUAUCACUGACCAAAAUGUCAGUGGAGGAACAACUAAGACUGGGAACAUUACCCUAGAUCCUAAAAGGAUUGGUAAACACUUUAAGCUCUACAUCACGAUGGAGGAGGAGACAGCCGAAAAACCGGCUUGCACAGUUUUGAAGUUUUGGUGUUUCUCACCUUCAAUUGCAAUGCGGGCAUUAAAAAUGAAUGGAGUGCGGACUGUUAUUGUGACGAGCGGAACAUUGUCACCAUUAGCAAACUACACUCAAAAUAUCGGACUCGAUUUCGGUAGUACGCUGGAGAACAAACAUGCUGCCAAAGGAGAUCAGGUUAUUGCUGGACUUGUUGGCAGGUCGCCAAUCACUGAAUCUGUCCUUAAUGGAUCAUUUGCAAAAAGGAAUGACAAAAUGUACGCCAUCGGCAUCGCUGAAAGUAUUCUUUCACUGGCUAGCACUGUUCCCCAAGGAAUACUUGUAUUUUUUGCGUCAUAUAACUUGAUGAAUACUCUAUUAUCAAAGUUCAAACAGUUUCCCUAUAAAACAGGGUUAUCAAAAACCUACUGGGAUUGUAUGGUUGAAGAAAAGAUGGUUGUGGUUGAACCUAAACAGAAAAAUUUGCUGAAUAAAGUGCGAUCUGAGUUUACCCAAGCUGUGCGAUCCGGACGAGGUGCCAUGUUUUUCGCCGUAUGCAGAGGAAAGGUUAGCGAGGGCAUUGAUUUCUCCGACGCUGAUUCACGAGCUGUUUGUGUUGUCGGAAUACCAUAUCCACCGAUGAUGGAUGUGCGAAUUUGUCUCAAGCGACUUCACAUAAACGAGAUGGCUGCUAAAGAUAAAGUAAUUACUUUUUGA